ACUGAAUGAUGAAACUGCAACAGCAAGCGAGAGAGAGACUACUUUAUUCACUGGCAUCAGGACUAUAAUUCAGUUUUCCAACAGCUGCUUUGUGAUACGGAUACAAGACGUCGUUGACAUACAUUUAGCUAUUUAUUUAUAUAUUCUUUUACACCAAGGCAACUUAUUGCAAUACAUAAAGAGACUGUGUUCUCAUCUAGUGUGUAACGUGAUGCAGUAGUUUCCGUAAAAGGUCUUUACUAGAUGGCGACAGUUCGGUGGUGCUGAAGCCGCAUGAGGGCUGCUCGUGCUCCUCACCACAAACCUUCCACUUCACGAGCAAUCUGAAAGACAUCUUUCUGAGACGUUUUUACUUUUUGUCAAGUGGCGGGACUGUACGACAAUAUCAUCAUUUCCAUGCGCUCGAGUUCAUUCGCGGAUACUGCGUUUUCUACAGAAGAAUGACUUCAGUGUGGAAAAGAUUGCAAAGAGUUGGCAAAAAAGCCACCAAAUUUCAGUUCGUGGCGUCGUAUCAAGAACUUGUUCUGGAAUGUACGAAGAAAUGGCAGCCAGACAAGCUGAGAGUGGUAUGGACAAGAAGGAACAGACGCAUUUGCUCCAAGCUUCAUGCAUGGCAACCGGGUAUUAAGAAUCCAUACAGAGGAAUGGUUGUGUGGCCUGUACCUGAGAAUGUAGACAUUACUGUCACACUCUUUAGGGACCCGCAUGCAGAUGAGUUUGAAGACAAAGACUGGACAUUUGUUAUUGAAAAUGAGACUGCAAAGGGUAGUCGGAAAGUUCUGGCAUCGGUUGAUUUGAACAUGAAGAAAUUUGCCAGUUUAACACACUCUCAGACAGACCUCACGCUCAAAAUGAAGCCUCUGUCAGUCAAGGUGGUGGAGGCCACGCUAAAGCUCUCCUUAUCCUGCGUAUUUCUUAAGGAGGGCAAAGCUACGGACGAGGACAUGCAAAGUCUCGCCAGCUUGAUGAGCGUAAAACCAACCGAUAUCGGAAACUUAGAUGACUUUAAUGAGAGUGAUGAAGAAGAGGAUAAAAGAUCUAGUACUGGGAUACAUUUAAAUACUGCAGUUCAAGCAUCUCACCCUCUCCUUCGAUCAACACGUUCCCAAGAAAAGAGACCUGCAUCUUUAAAGAGCCCUUCAGUGAUAGUCAGUGGUAAGGAGAGGACUUCUGCUGGUAUCCUCUCAAGACCAGUGUCUGGCUCUGUCUGUAACCCCGACCUACCAUCACGCCCACCAUUACCCACCCCGCCCAGCCCAUCCAUUCCCCGCACUGCGCCAUCACCAGCUCGCUCCAGACCGCCACGUCCACCGCCCCCUGCCCAGCCACAGGCCCCACCUGAAACCCACACAGACCAUAAUGCUACCGCUUUGCUUCCACCAGCUCUGCCCAAAAUCUUCCAUCCCUCCCCUGGCUCAGCUCCUGUGUCUUUUCCAAGAAGACUCUCAGGUUCCGAAGGCCCCUUGGAGGGUCCCGUGACCUCUGACUGUCUUCUGCUCAAACUCCCUCUGGCUUCUCCUUCUGAUCAAUUUCUCUCUCGCUCUUCCUCUCUCCCCACUGUGGUCCUAAAUGAUUCUUCUCGCAGCCAUGUAUUUAAGCCUAAAAUUGUCCAUAUGGCCCGACCCGUGUCCCCCACUCCUGUUGCCCUCCUCGAACAAACCUCUUCCCUCUGUCCUUCUACUGGAACAGUGCCAGUAUCUGCUCAGCUAAAUGAACAGAAGAUGGGUGCUUCACCUGCUCCAUUCUGUGGCGCUCUUAAUGAACCUGUGACCACUGUUCCUUUGCUAAGCACACCAGAUCUUGAUGCUCUGUGCGAAACCUCCAGCCCCUCUAAAUCGCUCUACAAGUCAUCUCCUCCCUCUUCUGCCCUCCUCUCUUACCCCAUCAGCAAACCUCUACCUGCUUCUUCUACCCCAGUAAUUCUGUCAUCAUGCACCUCUGCUGUUGACCUGCAUGCUUCAGAUUCCCUCACAGCUUCCCCUUGCUGUUCACCUCCGCCUUCUGCUGCCCUGCCAGAGAUACCCAGGGAGCUCAAUACACUUACAGAGGAGGAUCAAACAAAUCCAUUUCUUCAGGAUUUAGUCACUGAAGGACUGAAGAACUCUGAGCCCAGCAUGGAGCAGCAUCGGUCACCUCGAACCGUCUGCAGCAUUAGCAUUGCUAAUCAACAACCUCCUUCCACUCUUUACACUGAAAUCAGCACUAAAGGAAAUGAGCCCAGAGGCGUGGGGGCGGAGCCAACCGGAGCUGUCAGAAGUCUUGGGCCUGUUGGCAAACAAUCAGUUGAAGCACAGACUUUGGAAGCAUCUGAGGAACUUGACAUUGGGACUGUCCCACCUCCACACCCAUUCUUUACUCCAUCAAUACCACACAUGUCGAUGCCUUUGAAAUCCACUUAUACAAAAGACGAUCGGGAGGAAAAUCUGUUUAUUGCAGAGAAACCACCACUGGCUGAGGAAGAGCCAGAUUUCCAAGCGGAGGAUUUUGAUACUGUGUUCACAACCUCUCAGCCCAUUAAAGAUACAGUUGACAGGCAUCUUGGGAAAGAAACACUAGUUUUAAAAGAAAUCCAGCUCAUUAAAGCAGAACUUGGUCUUGAUAGUGAACUGCCAAUGCAGACCUGCCUGGUUCAAACCUCAUCGAUGACUGAUAAUAACUUAGUAAAGCACCAAGAAAAAGCACAAGCAGAAUCAGCAGGGAAAGUCAAAUUGAAAGAGGAACCAACCGGACAGAAUGUGGAGGAUGAUCUGCUUUGCGCAUACCUCAACAAGUCAGAUGAGGAUAAAAUUAUGAAACACUUUGCAUCGACUAUGGUUAUUCCAACAGAGCAAAAUAUCCCCAACAUUUUACCAAGCACAACACCUCAACAGCAAGAACCUGAAGUCGAGAAACGUUCUCCAAGGGAAAAGAAGCGGGUGGAAGAAAUCCCUGCAUCCAUGUGGGUGGAAGAAAUCCCUUUAUCCCAAAAUGAUAAUCUGGAAAAAAUUCUAGCGAUAGAGGAAAAUGAAACUGAAAUGGAUUUUACUCAGGAUGUCCCUCCAGCAUCUGAAGGACCCAGCAUCAACAAGAUCAAGGACACUGCCCCUCUGAUUUUAGAUCUCUCUAAACAACAUCCUUCAAUUCAUCUCCAAAACCUGGAGUUCAAUAACUGUACCUCAGAACAAACUACAGCAGCUAGUGAACCUGAAAAAGAAGAGCCGAUGGUAGAUGAGUCUGACAGUACAGCGUCAACUCAGAAGAGUGCUGAGUCCAUCUCGCUUGCCCAAGCAGAGGUUCCCAUCUGGAGUGUUCUGGAAGACAAAGUGAACGAUCUGGAGAAUCAAGCCAGAGAUGAGGAAAUAUACAAGCACAAAACACCACACGAGAGACCAACAGAAGAAAAUGUAACCGAAGUGACCUCAACAAAGAAUUUAGAUGCAGGUGAAAACAAAGCAGUUAAUCAAAUCGACGAUGAGUUUAGACAACCGGAUCUCAUUUUAGAAGAACCCAUUUCCCAGCCAAAGCCUUCCAUUGAUCUUAAACCACAACCAACUGAAACCGUUGAGGAGAAGAAACAAGAGGUUAAUGUGAAAGUCAGCGUAGCAGUCCGCUUGAGACCUCCACUGCCUGAGAUCUCACCUGCUCCAAAGGACAACAACACGUCACUGCAUCUGGAGGCUCUUACUCCAUUGACCUCAAACCCGCCUCUGGAUGUUGAGUUGGACGCAAAGGAUUUAAAGACACAAGGCACAUUUGAAACAGAGAAUCUCUUAUGGGCCACUUUAGAGGAGAAGGCAAAACAUGAAGAGGAUGAAGAUGUUAGCACUGCAAAGACAAUGCCAGACAAAAGGAUCUUGGAUGGGGGCCAACUUGAACAGGAAACAUCAGAAACCAAGCAAGAGGAACAAGAAGAUUCUUUUGCCUCAUCUAUUUCACAACACAAACAAGAUAACAAUGUUACCAGAGAAAUAGAACCUUCAACUGAAGAAGAGAAGAUCACCGAGAUUGAAAAGUCAAAUGAUAAGUUGAUGCUGCAAACUGACAGGGAGACUAUUUGGACCACUGAAGGUGAACAAAAAGCAGAAGAUGUUGGUCUGGAGACUGAAGGUGCCGCUUUAGGAGAAGAGACUGAACUUGGAUUUGAGCUUGACGUAGGAACCGACAGUAACUUAGAGGAACAUGUCUCUGAACAGGGAGAUGUUUCUGGAGGCAUCAUUAGGGGGAUUUUGGGUGUUCUGUACAAAGGUUAUGAGACCGUGGCUUCUAUACUUCAGCAACCAAGUUUAGCAGAAACAGAUGUACAAGAUGAUGCACUUGUGGACAAUCUAGAUGAAAAUGUGGUUGAAAUUCUUCCGCCUGAGCCCUUUUGUGACACAAAAGAGUGUCCGUCUGACAACGAUUCGAAAGAAGAUCUUAUUCAAGAGACAGUACCGAUACAGGACAUUAGUGAAAUAGAGCCUUUGGGUAUGAGCCUAGUGGAGUGCCUGAAGCUGGCUGCCAGAGAAACUCAAAGCGGAGAAUCCGUAGAUUUUCAGGCCGAGGGCAAAAGAAGCACCAAUAAUCAAUCCCAUAUCUUGACACCGUUAGGAGACGGCAAAAAUUGGAAGGAGGAAGUGAAGAUGGAAUUUGAAUUUGAAGCAAACGAACAUGUGGUAUCACAGGUGGAGAAAGAUGAAGAUCAACUCAUAACCACACAGGGUAAUUUAACUUCUAAAGAAGAUAUCCAAAGCAUUAUUUAUGUGGAAAUAGAUCCUGUGCUGAAAGAAGUGGACUUUAAGGAAAUAGCAAUAGAUGAAAGUCCAGACAAAAACAAGCGUGACGAGCGUCCGCCCAGUAAAACUGUCAGAGACCAAACGAACUCUGGCAAGACAAAAGCAGCAGAUUUAAUGCCUUUGGCACUGGAGGAGGCUAUACAGGAGGAGCUGGAAUUCGAAGUAGGUCAGGAAGACUUGGGGACGGUGUGGCUUGCCGAGCUGUAUAUGGAUGGAGGACUGCAGGAACCCAUAAUAUCUCCAAUAUCACAAACAAGAGAAUUUACAGGCAUACAAAUGCCGCAACCACCUCAGACUGCCUUGCCAACAGAACCACAGCAAGACAUCAUAUCCAUGCAAACUAUAAAAAGCCCAAGCGAAGUUGUACCACUCUGUAAAGACGAGAGUAUGCAGUCAGCACCCCCGGUGCCUUUGCAGGAAGUCGGCCCUGAUGAUAUAAAUCAAGAUACUGUUUCCACAGCUGCUAACAGGUAUGCGGUUGCUCCACAAAGCACUGAAAAGGGAACAGCUCCUUUACAUUUACCCAAAGUGACAGCAGCUGUGAAAACGGAUGAGAUAUACAAGGAUGUUGCAGAAGAGACGAGGGAAAGUAACAUGUCACUGUUAGAGGGCGCUGUUGCAGACAGCACGCAUAAUAUGAACGUCACUUCAACAAUUGAGACGGAAAAAGAGAGUUCCCCUGUCAUCGCCAUGGCAAUGGCUCCUUCAGAGAGCAUUCUUGUAACAGCCACGGAGACACCUGAAGAUAUAAACAUCGAUGAGAAUGUUGUUUCCGGAAAGGACGUUUCCCCAAGGAGCUCAGUGGUUCCUUGGCCCCUCCCUUCUCCUAAAUUUGAAAGACAUCAUGAUACUGCAAAAGCCACGGAGCUCUUAAAAGAUACAGAAAGUUCUUGUCUAAAGGACGACGAUCCUUCCGAGGAGAGCGUUCUUUUAGCAAAAUUUCAGGAAAUGGCAGAAGAGGACACCCGUCAACCUCCAUCUCCUGCUCCACGCACUAAAAAACGGUUGAUACCCUGCAAGUCGGACUUUGACCUUGCUCCCUCUCCCCCCUUGCAACUGAAGACCAGCAUUAAGUCAACUGAGCAUGAGAUACUGCCAGAUGUAGAUCAGGACAUCUGUAGCAAGACAGAGAUCUCUGGAGAUGAAGAGAUUUCUUUAGAGCAGAUCACAGUUACAUGCAAUGAGACGACAGAUACCGGUCAGUCUCAGACUUCCUUAGUGUUACUUGAGAUCUGUAGGACUCCAGAUGCUGGGUCAGAUGAUGGCCAAAAAGAACCAAAUGAUACAGAUGUUGUUUUAAAUGCUCAAUCAAACGAGCAAGAACAAAGUGAACCAUUGGAAUGUAUGACAGUGGAGUGCCAAGAUUCAGCAGAUGUUAUGCCUACGAAACAGAAGACUGAAAGUUUAUUCUCAGAAACAAUGGCUGAACCUGAGAAAAUGGAAGAGACAGAAUUAAGUGUUGAUAAAAGUGAAGAAACUCAAACUGAACAGGAGAGCCCAUCUCCAAUGCAAAAUAAAUUGUCUGAUUCAACUCAGAAAAAGGAAUCCUGUAUUAUAACCCCAGAGGCUAAAAGCGAGACUCCAUCUAAGAGCCCAGACCAUGGGCAUGUGAACGGCCAGACCGCUGUAGACACAUCCAAAGGACUUGUGGCUCCAACGCGGAUUAAAAAGAAAAUUCCAGCACCGGUGGACCUCACAGGAGUAAAGGCACUUGAUGAAUCGAUUCAAGAUGGUUCAGCAGGACCUGCUUGGGAAUUUGCCAAUCCACUGCCUAGUCCUGGUCUGGUGACCUCCAGUCUGUCUUUGUUGGAAUGGUGUCAGGAGAUCACUAAGAACUAUAAAGGAAUAAAAAUUACAAACUUCAGCACUUCCUGGCGUAACGGCCUGGGGUUCUGUGCUCUUCUGCAUCACUUCCACCCUGAACUAAUUGACUUUGAUGCAUUAGAGCCUCACAACAUAAAGCAAAACAACAAAAAAGCAUUCGAUGGUUUUGCAUCAUUGGGAAUCUCCCGUCUCCUGGAGCCUUCGGACAUGGUGCUCCUCUCCGUCCCAGAUCGAUUGAUUGUCAUGACGUACCUGUGCCAAAUCCGCACACACUUCACUGGGCAGGAACUGAGUGUGCUGCAGAUCGAACAGAACAACAGUCAAUCCAGCUACGCGGUGGCUGAACCCAAUCAUGGGCCGGAUGUGCACGUGGCAGCAAAAUUCUGUGCCGAGAGGCUGCAGGCUGGAGCUCUGUCUGGAGAGAGUAACAACAGGGAUCGGCAGGGAGAGGAUGAAACAGAUACUGUGGCAAAGCCUAACGGAAGUCUCGUUCCUCCACCCCGGACUAAGCGUUCAGGAAGGAUGGAUGAGAAGGGUAGUAAGGAGGCAUCAGUGAAGGAAACAGAGACGGAUGGAGGUGUGCAUACUCCAGUGGCCCCUCCUCGGUCAAACGCGGCGGGUUCUAAAUCAGGCUUGGCGCACCUACGAGACGCAGAUCUGGUCAAGAAGCGCCGUUCACGGUUUAGGAGCGAAUCCAUAGAUGAGUCUGAUUCAAAAGAGACAGGUAAAGUUGAGCCGACAGAUGAAGGAACAAAUGGCUCGACAGCUGCCAGAGAAAGUGCUGAACCUCAAGCAACAACCAAGGAUGGUAAACCAGCAGAGAAAGAGACAAUGCGCCUGCAGGACACCAAUCAGUAUGUACUGAGUGAACUUCAAGCCCUGGAAACAGAACAGAAGCACAUAGACAGCAGAGCUGCCAUCGCAGAGAAGAGGCUCAGGAAACUCAUGGAGACGGGAAGUGAUAAAGUUGAAGAAGAGAAGCUGAUUCAAGAGUGGUUCACUCUGGUCAACAAGAAGAACGCUUUGAUCAGAAGACAAGACCAUCUGGAGCUGCUGCAAGAAGAGCAGGAUUUAGAAAGAAGAUUUGAACUGCUUAACCGAGAGCUCAGAGCUAUGAUGGCUAUAGAAGACUGGCAGAAGACACAGGCCCAGCAGCACAGAGAACAGUUAUUGCUGCAAGAGCUGGUUUCUCUUGUCAAUAAGCGUGAUGAGCUGGUCAGAGACAUGGAUGCCAAAGAGAGAGGGGCUGUGGAGGAGGACGAGAGACUGGAACGAGGUCUAGAAGCAAGAAGAAGAAAAUUCAGCAAUAAGGAAAAGUGUGUUCUUCAAUAAAUGCACAAACUAGAAUUUAUAACAAAACUGUGGCUCACUGCUUCACACACUGCACACCGAGGACUACUUUUUGACUUUUAAAUCUUUAAAAACACCAGGACAUGAGUGUGCCUUGUUUUAACUUUUAAAGACUUUUUUCUUGAAGAUGUUGUGGGAAAGGCUUUCACGUUCGUGAACAUUUGUCUUGAGGAUGGAAUGUUCAUUGAAGAUCAUCAGUGAAGUUUUUUUUUUGUGAUUUUUAUAAAGUUUAUAUAAAGUUUUGUGUUAUAUAAAGUUUGGUUAUAUAAGCAAUAUUACUUGAAAUCUGAAGCGAUGUCUUGCCUUAUGUUUUACCCGCCAAUAUACAAAUGCCCCUCGCACACAUGAAUGGUUGCAGGCAGGUUCAUUGCACAUAGGAAUCGAUAAAGAAAGGAGAAAAAGUCCUGCACAUUGCUAAAACUGGCAAGAAACUCUGUAUUUAUCAUUUUUGGUCAUGCGACCUUUGUCAGGCAUUGUUUUGCUGGAAUUUCCAAAAUGUUGCUUGAUAAAUCUUUUCUCCUUAUAAUAUAUUGAAAAAUAUGUUUCUCUACUCAGUUUCCUUUAUUUUGCCAAAGGUGGGACAGUUAAAAUAAUUUGACACUUUCUAAGAGUUAUUGGAAAGACAAAGAGGCUGUUUAUUGUUUCUACAGUACAUUAUUUAUUUCUCAUUGUUUCCCAGUAAAAUGUUUAUGUUGGCCAUUGUAUUCUAUUACCUGCAAAUUGUAUUUUCUGAUGUGGUUUAUCAGACAGUAUCUGCUGAGAUGUAAUAUCCAGUUUCUCCAAAUGAAUGUAUUCAUAUUCUUUUGCAUUGCAGUGCCUUUAGAAAGGGUUUAAUACCUUUUGACAAUGGGCUUUUUAUACAGCAAAGCCGUUCUUUAUUUUUUGUUUUAAAUCCUAAAACUAACAAGAAUUAAAUUAUUUAUGGGUUGUUUUAUAGAUACACAAAAAGUAUUUUGUCUCUGUGUAAUCCUUUUGAUAUUUAAAGUGUUAUUCAUUCCUAUUUUAUGAUAUGGAAUGUUUAUUCAAUAAAGUUUGAAGUGUUUACGCAU